UUUUUUGCACAAAACUUUAGAUGCUCCUUUAUCUGAAAAGAUUUAGUCAGAUGACAGAUCCAUCUCUCUCUCUCUCUCUCUCUCUCUCUCGCUCUCGCUCUCUCACUCUCUCGCUCUGGUCAGCAUUCUGCACUCUCUGGAAAAUUCCUCUUGUGCUGGCCGACGCUGUUUUGUUUGCAGAGGAAUCGGAGGGGAGCUGCCUCACAGAGCACUCCCUCCCAUGUCACGUUUUGUUAUUCAAAAAGAUCCUGACACGUCGCCAGGGUAGGGAGGGAGGAAAGAAAAAAAGGCAUCCUGCGAAUCUCCAGGCAGACAGAUAGAGGCCUGGAGGAGAGAAUAGCCAUGAGGAAACGAGGCCUGACGCAGCCAUGUGUUAGCCUCGCUAUGAACUCGCGAGUGCUGAUGUCACUUGCUGCGACGCUCUGAUGACACCCGGUUGCCAUGGCAGCAGUGCAGACGCCCCCCGAGAGGAGGUAAAGCUCAUGAAGUACAUCUGCAAGCAGCUGCAGUGCAAGCUGAAGGUUCCAGAGACCGAGCGACCGCAGGCCCUGGACACGUACCCGCGCCUAGGGGACUGGCUACGUACCGUCAGCCUGAGAGCCGAACUCAUAGCGGUGCUGCCUGUGAAGUUGUCGUUGGAUGCCUUGCUGCAGAUGCCCGGUGCUCAGGUGCGAGAGACUAUGAGGAGCCUGGGAGCCACUGCGGAGGAGUGCGUUCGGCUCUGCGCUGCCCUCGCCUGCUUAAAGAGCGCCACCGAAUCAGGAGAGUGUAGUGAAGAUGGAGGCUGCUGGUUUUCUGAGCCCUCUCGACGAGACAGCGGAGGACUAACCCCAGCAGACCAGAUCCCUUUACUUGGAAGUCUAACACGCCCUCAUAGCCCCUCCCCUCUUGCUCGGCCUCCUACCACGCCCACUACACCCACCGUGCCCACCACACCUCUCAUCCCAUGCCUUCACUCACGCCAUCUUCCACCCAACCCCGAGGCCCACAUCUACCACGGCUAUGCAGAGAGCUUGACAGACCCCAGUCCAUAUUAUUCAUCCUGGCCUGUCCGUGUUCAUGGACACUCCUCCACCCCACCCAUAACUCCGCCCUCAAAGCGGAGGCACCGCCUGAAGCCACCCUGUACGCCGCCUCCACCAUCACGCAAGGUACUCCACGUCCUGCCCAACAUCACCCUGACACGCAGCAAGAGCCACGAGAGCCAAUUGGGACACCGCAUUGAGGACACGCCCACCAGCAAGUGUGGGAAGAAAAAUAAGCUGUUUCUGAACGUCCAGAUUAACGGCAAUGCUUGCGACGAUUUGCCGUCUCGCUCCCCGCUGCUUUCCACCCGGACACACGGUGCUGUGCCAGCUACUGCCCCCUACACCCUGCCUGGGACACCAACACUGCUGGAGGAACAUGGAGGCCUGAGGAAUAACAUCGCAGUCCAUCGCAGCUCUCCGCAGGCAGUGAGGAGAGACAUCGGGCUGGCUGUCACUCACAGGUUCUCCACCAAGUCGUGGCUCUCGCAGACGUGUCAAGUGUGUCAGAAGAACAUGAUCUUCGGCGUAAAAUGUAAACACUGUAGGUUAAAGUGUCACAAUAAAUGCACGAAAGAGGCUCCUCCCUGUAGAAUAUCCUUCCUCCCCAUCACGAAGAUCCGGAGGACAGAGUCCGUGCCGUCGGAUAUCAACAACCCCGUGGAUCGCCCGGCCGAGGCGCCGCAGUUUGGCACGUUACCAAAGGCAAUAACUAAGAAGGAUCAUCCUCCUGUGCUGAAUCAGCUGGACUCCAGCAGUAACCCAUCGUCCACCACGUCCUCCACGCCAUCAUCUCCUGCCCCGUUCCAGCAGAGUAACCCACCCAGUGCCACCCCGCCCCCCAACCCUUCACCUAAAAACCACCGGGACAAUCGCUUUAACUUCCCAGCUGCCUUCUACUUUCAGCAUAGACAGCAGUUUAUCUUCCCCGAUGUGUCCAGUUCCAACACGCUUCACCCAGAAGGUCUACCAGACACAGUGACUGAGACGGAACCAUCAGAGGAGGACGUGCACGCUGAGCUGGCUGAGCACGAAGACAGUAAGGAGGAAGAGGAAGAUGAGGAUGCAGAGGAACAAGAUGACGUGAGCGCAGAGGAGGAAGACGGGCAGCAGGAGGCUGAGGAGGAGGAAGAGGAAGAAGAGGAGGUGAGCUUUGAAGAGACAAACGGAGGCUCGGAUGGUGAAGGAGACGGAGAUGAGCUGGAUGAUCUGCCCAGCUCAAGAGGCAGUGGCCCCUGGAAGGGUCCUGUGUCACGCAAGGCCAGUCAGACCAGCGUCUACCUGCAGGAGUGGGACAUUCCUUUUGAGCAGCUUGACCUGGGCGAGCUGAUUGGAAAGGGACGCUGGGGACGGGUACACCGUGGCCGCUGGCACGGCGAGGUGGCCAUCCGCCUGCUUGAGAUCGAUGGUAACAAUCAGGACCACCUCAAGCUUUUCAAGAAGGAGGUGAUGAACUACAGGCAGACACGUCAUGAGAAUGUGGUGCUGUUCAUGGGGGCCUGCAUGGCACCUCCACACCUUGCCAUUAUCACCAGCUUCUGCAAAGGCCGGACGUUGUACUCAGUCGUGAGAGACACAAAGAACACGCUAGACAUCAACAAGACGAGACAGAUUGCCCAGGAGAUCGUGAAGGGAAUGGGUUACUUGCAUGCGAAGGGCAUCGUUCACAAGGACCUGAAAUCGAAGAACGUCUUUCAUGACACUAAUAAAGUAGUAAUCGCUGACUUUGGCCUUUUUGGGAUCUCAGGAGUGGUUCAGGAGGGAAGGCGAGAGAACGAGCUGAAACUUCCUCACGGCUGGAUUUGUUAUCUGGCUCCGGAGAUUGUGCGCAAGAUGAGCCCCGGCAACAACGAGGACCGCUUGCCCUUUUCCAAUGCAGCUGACGUGUACGCGUUUGGCACUAUUUGGUACGAGCUGCAAGCGAGGGACUGGCCGAUCACCAACCAGCCGGCAGAGGCCACCAUCUGGCAGGUGGGCAGCGGAGAGGGCAUCAAGAAAGUGCUGGCAGAGAUCAGUCUGGGCAAAGAAGUCACGGAGAUCCUGUCAGCCUGCUGGGCUUACGACCUGCGUGAGAGGCCCACGUUCACGCAGCUGGCCGACAUGCUGGAGAAGCUGCCCAAGCUCAACCGCAGGCUCUCGCACCCUGGACACUUCUGGAAAUCAGCAGAAAACUGCACUAACAUCUAACAUCAUUUUCUUAUUAAUAAACCUCCUUUUUCCUUCUGCUGAUUUGCCUGUUAACAUCCUAACCUCUUGCUUUUCUCUCUUCUGUCUGACUUUCCUUUUCACUGGCCUUUAGGUUGUAGCUGAAACACUAAAGCAAUGCAAAACUUAAAGCCCCGGAUCUGCCUUGCAUGCUGAAAUAAAGAACUGGUGGAAACGAGACGCACUUCCUGCUCUCGACGUUCCGCCGUGUGAUCUUCCGCCUUUGCUUGCUGUCCUCGGAGGGGAGUGCGCUUUGGCAAUGCACGGAUACUGAGCGACUCUCGUCUCCACCCGUUUUUGAUUAUUCCCUUUGGAGUGUGCGCUGUCAGCCCCUUUCUUCACUCUCUCCUCUCGGCGUCUUGGCCGAAUCUGGACUUGUGAGAUGUAGCGUCUGCCCGGUGGAAUUUUUCUCCCUCUCGUGGCAGCCUGUCCUUCCUCCCUUUUUUGUGCUAGGAAACUUCUUGACUUCUUAUCCCUUGUGACUGGAUGCAUCGCACCCUCUCUUCCUUCUUCCUACACUUUGUUUUUGGGUUCCGGCUCCUUCAACGAUGUGCACUAUUGCUUCUCUGAUACACAGGCUCACUCGUCACGGUCUUUGUGCACAGACUGACUGUAUAUGCUGUCACACACUCCACAGUGUUGUGGCGCCUGAUCAACACCAAAAGUCUUUUAAAGAAACAGAACAGCCAAAAAUAUAUUUUUAAUCAGAAUGUAGUCAGUCAACAUAAACACCUUGGUGCUGGCGCUAGUUAGGAAAGUGAAUAAUCUCUGGUCUGUCGGUGUGUGGACUACUUGCCUAAAUCAUUGCACUACUCACCCCAGGAGAUAUUGUUAGCUAAAAGAACACUGUGUACCUGUAAAAACAGUAAAAAGUAAAAAAAACUGUAAAAACGAUUCAUCUAACGAAAAGUAACACAAAACUCAACGUUAUGCUUAAAAUUAGUAAGACACACAAGCAAUUUGUAUAAAUCUUUCAUCAAAAGUAAAGUUGUUUAAAGAGCGGUAUGUUCAGAAUGUUACGUAUUUAGCCGAUUACUAAAUUACAGAGCAGAAGGCUUGUUGCAAAGUUUAAGGCAAAAGACUAACACUAGCUUGAUACACUAGAUGCUAUAUGCUAAAGAAUAGCUUCAAAUUAGCUUCAACUACAUAGCUGUGCCAUCUCUAAAAAAAUAAACAAAACAAAAACAUAAACAAAAGUUUAACUAGCCAUACCUGAUUUUAAAAGCAAACAUGCUAAUAUAUUGCUAUGAGGAAUGCCAGUUGGUAGAAUCAUACAAUUUAAGAAGAAAAAUGACCUAUUUAAUGUAACUUCAUCUUAACUUAAUGUAGUUUGAGACAAGUGUGUGAUAGUUUUAAUAUGAUAGAAAGAUAACAAAGGAGUUUUCUUUAUUUUUUUAUGUACCAGGUUUUGUUUAGCUAGCUAGCUCUGAAAUUUGCUUCAAAUCAGCUUCUAUUAAUCAAUACAACUGACAUAUAUAUAAAACCAUGCUAACAUCUUGUGCUAGCUAGCUAAUAUUUUCACUAGCAAUGCUACUAUUACUGUUCAUAAGUAGCUAGAAUACACAUGGAGACAGAUAUGCCUUUCAUAGAAAGAUAAGAUAGAAAUAUUCUGUAGCAUUCUUAUUUUCAGUACGAAAGGCUAGCUAGCUAUAUCAGAAGCUACUUUACGUAAUACAAAUAGAUUCGCCUUCAUAAUUAUGGCCGUUAAAAUAGUGAAAGUACAAACUAAAGCUUUGAUUUUAGACGUUACUGUGCUAACAACUAGCGUAGUUUAUAGCUUCUCUAAAUACUUAAAGACUUUUCACAGAAUUGACUUUUCUUAGUUGACUGGCUGCAAGAUGACUGCUACUUGCGGAUAGAUAGAUAGAUAGAUAGAUAGAUAGAUAGAUAGAUAGAUAGAUAGAUAGAUAGAUAGAUAGAUAGAUACCACUGUUGCAUAUAGAGUAAAAAAAAAAGUUUCAGAUUUUUUUAAGGUAAACAAAAUGAUUUUUUUUAAUGUUUGGACAUUAUCACUUUGGGGGGGGCGGGAGGUUUGCGGAAUGCUAAAGUAAAGCUAGCUAGCUACACUAGAUGUUACCUCGUAAAAAUAGACUAAAACUUGCUUAAUGACAUAAAUGUUCAGCUGCUAAAAUAGUUUAAGUAACUACACACUACUUUAGUUUAUACGUAAGCAUGCUGAGAACAUACUAGUAGGAAAUGUUAGUUAAACCAACUAGCGAUGCUAGCAAGGAAUAAUCUUCAAAAAAAACAAGGUUUGUUUAAUUCAAAAUACUAAACCUAGCUACAUUAGAAGCGGCACUAAACUGUAAUCAGUUAAAUAGUAAAAGACACUGCAAACUACUUGGUUUUACAAGUACUACUACUAGAAAAUGUGAACAAACAAACUAGAUGGCUGAUAGCUUUGCUAGCAAACACUGCUGCUGCUGCUGAGUAUCAAGACCGGCGAUUUCUGUUUGCUGUUUAUUACUCGAUCUGUGAAGUUUCUGCUUUUCACUUCAGUAGUUUGCAGUGAUGCUGUGAUAUUUUUAUUUUUUAGUUAUUUGUCAUAUUCAAGAUGGUAAUCUUGCUUUUUAGGUAUUUUAGCUUUGGGUUAAAUGCUAAAAACAAGCUUGACACACCGGACAUGUCUUUGUUGACUAGCUACAUUUGGAGUAGGAAGGAAAUAAAAGGGUGUAAAUGUGUAUUUUUGGCUGAACUGUUUGUUUAAAAGUGACACAAGGUUUAAGAAUAUAUUAAAAAAUAGACAUGCUGGAUGAAGCUCAGCUGUGAACGCUAACAUACCCAUGGCCCCUGAGUCAGGGCAAUAAAGUGAAGUGUCUUGCUGAGGUAAACGUCUGUGUACUUGAGAGUGACAACGAGCCAAAGAGAAGCUCUGCUGUUUUUAUACAUUUUGUUUUAAUUUCCUCCUUAUGUAGCGUAAAAUGUUCAAUAGUCAUAGGAAGCAGUGACACGGCCAUGUUUCAUCGAGCUAGUAACCGUUACCUCUUGUAAUGUGUAUGUGUGUGUGUGUGCGUGCGUGUAUGCGUGUGUGUAGUGGCGCGUGCUUGCGUGUGUGUCAGGAAUAAUAUGAUGUAAGAAUAAAAGCCUGGAGUGUAUCGUGCUUUGGAAAACACUGAUGACUUGUAAGAUAUACGUGUAACAAAAAUUUAUUUAUUGUACAGCGAAUGAACCUAAUUCUUUUCAUAUUUAUAUGGACGUUUUAUAUAUAUUAAUAUAUACUGUACUACAUUUUGGAAUAUGUAUUGCUCCCCUGUUCCAGAUGUAUAUAUCUCUAUAUUUUUUCAUGUACAAAAAAAUGCUGUAAAAUAGUUGUACAUUUUUUCCUUUUUUUCUUUUUUUUUAGAAUGGGUCGAUACAUGUUCUGUCAUGUACAAAUACAUAUUUUUGUAUUGCAUGUGGCUAUUAUUCUGUAUAUGAUCCACGUUUUUUCUGUUUUCCUCCUUGAGAAACAAUAAAGCUGUGCUCGCAUUUCUAACAGCGUGCA